AGAGGGGCCGAGACCACCCGGGGCAGGAGUCCGGGUCACCCCACCUGCCCACACCCGGCGCCCCCGCCCCAGAGGAGGCCCGGGAGGCCCAGAGGGCGCGCGCCGCGGGACCAUGGGCCGUCGGAGCGCGCUGGCCCUCGCAGUCGUCUCGGCCCUGCUGUGCCAGGUCUGGAGCUCUGGUGUGUUCGAGCUGAAGCUGCAGGAGUUCGUUAACAAGAAGGGGCUGUUGGGGAACCGCAACUGCUGCCGCGGGGGCGCGGGCCCGCCGUGCGCCUGCAGGACCUUCUUCCGUGUGUGCCUCAAGCACUACCAGGCCAGCGUGUCCCCCGAGCCGCCCUGCACCUAUGGCAGCACUGUCACACCAGUGCUGGGCGUUGACUCCUUCAGCCUGCCGGAUGGCGACGGCGCGGGCGCCGACUCUGCCUUCAGCAACCCCAUCCGCUUCCCUUUUGGCUUCACCUGGCCGGGCACCUUCUCUCUGAUCAUCGAGGCCCUGCACACAGACUCUCCUGAUGACCUUGCAACAGAAAACCCAGAAAGGCUCAUAAGCCGCUUGGCGACACAGAGGCACCUGACGGUGGGUGAAGAGUGGUCCCAGGACCUCCACAGCAGCGGCCGCACGGACCUCAAGUACUCCUACCGCUUUGUGUGUGAUGAGCACUACUAUGGGGAGGGCUGCUCCGUGUUCUGCCGUCCCCGGGAUGAUGCCUUUGGCCACUUCACCUGCGGGGAGAGAGGCGAGAAGGUGUGCAACCCGGGCUGGAAAGGCCAGUACUGCACAGAACCAAUCUGCCUGCCUGGGUGUGAUGAACAGCAUGGAUUUUGUGACAAGCCUGGGGAAUGCAAGUGUAGAGUGGGCUGGCAGGGCCGGUACUGUGACGAAUGCAUCCGAUACCCUGGCUGUCUCCAUGGCACCUGCCAGCAGCCCUGGCAGUGUAACUGCCAGGAAGGCUGGGGGGGCCUUUUCUGUAACCAAGACUUGAACUACUGCACACACCACACACCCUGCAGGAAUGGGGCCACCUGCACUAACACAGGGCAGGGGAGCUACACCUGUUCCUGUCGGCCUGGGUACACAGGUGCCAACUGUGAACUGGAGACUGAUGAAUGUGCCCCUAGUCCCUGCCGGAAUGGGGGGAGCUGCACGGACCUUGAGAACAGCUACACCUGCACCUGCCCACCCGGCUUCUAUGGCAGGGUGUGUGAGCUGAGUGCCAUGACCUGCGCAGAUGGCCCCUGCUUCAACGGUGGGCGAUGUACAGACAACCCCGAGGGAGGCUACACCUGCCGCUGCCCCGUGGGCUACUCUGGCUUCAACUGUGAGAAGAAGAUGGAUCACUGCAGCUCUGCACCCUGUUCCAGCGGUGCCAGAUGUGUGGACCUUGGUGACGCCUACCUGUGCCGGUGUCAGGCUGGCUUCUCUGGAAGGCACUGUGAGGACAAUGUGGACGACUGUGCCUCCUCCCCGUGUGCCAACGGGGGCACCUGCCGGGACGGCGUGAAUGACUACUCCUGCACCUGCCCACCUGGCUACACAGGCAGGAACUGCAGUGCGCCUGUCAGGAGGUGCGAGCACGCGCCCUGCCACAACGGGGCUACCUGCCACGAGAGGGGCCUGCGGUACGCAUGCGAGUGUGCCAGGGGCUAUGGGGGCCCCAACUGCCAGUUCCUGCUCCCCGAGCCGCCCGGCCCCGUGGUGGUGGACCUUACAGAGAAGUACGUGGAGGGCCAGGGUGGGCCGUUCCCCUGGGUGGCCGUGUGUGCUGGAGCAGUCCUAGUCCUGGUACUACUGCUGGGCUGUGCCGCCUUGGGGGUCUGCGUCCGGCUCAAGCUGCAGAAGCACCGGCCAGCAGCAGAGCCCUCCUGCCGGGGUGAGACAGAAACCAUGAACAACUUGGCCAGCUGCCAGCGUGAGAAGGACGUCUCGGUCAGUGUGAUUGGGGCCACGCAGAUCAAGAACACCAACAAGAAGGCUGACUUCCAUGGGGAUCAAGGGGCUGACAAGAAUGCUUUCAAGGCCCGCUACACAGCAGUGGACUGUAACCUGGUACAGGACCUCAAGGGUGAUGAAGGUGCCAUCAGGGACACCCACAGCAAGUGUGACACCAAGUGCCAGCCCCAGAGCAAUGCAGGGGAGGAGAAGGGCAGCGCAGCCACACUCCGGGGUGGAGAAGCGCUGGAGAGGAAAAGGCCAGAGUCCAUCCACUCCACCUCUAAGGACACCAAGUACCAGUCGGUGUACGUCAUCUCUGACGAGAGGGACGAGUGUGUCAUUGCCACUGAGGUGUGACACGGAAACGGAAUGGCACAAUGCCUGGUGCCCCUAAGAUGAGUGAAAUUCCAAGGAUCUAUGCCCCCACGAAUGCUGCUGAAGAGGAAAGGGAGCCCGGGACUGCUGCUGAAACAGCUCGGGCGAGCUGGUCUCCUCCCGAGCAGCGCGCCGGCCGCGGCCGCGCUGCCCUGCCUGCCAGGCGCCCAUUGCACUAUGGACAGUUGCUGUCAGAGUAUCUAUUUAGCGUGGACCUGAGCACUGCAGAGAAGCACUCCUUACCCGGCGUGUGGAUCUUGGGUUCUUACGAGCCAGUCUUCUUGAACUAGAAACACAACUGCCUUCAUUGUCCUUUUGAUACUGAAACGUGUUUUUUUUUUUUUUUUUUAGAUGAAAAAAUGUGUGUUAUUUUUUUGGAUUUGUAAAAAUAUUUUUCACGAUAUCUGUAAAGCUUGAGUAUUUUGUGAUGUUCAUUUUUUUAUAAUUUAAAUUUUGGUAAAUAUGUACAAAGGCACUUCGGGUCUAUGUGACUAUAUUUUUUGUAUAUAAAUGUAUUUAUGGAAUAUUGUGCAAAUGUUAUUUGAGUUUUUUACUGUUUUUGUUAAUGAACAAAUUCCUUUUUAAAGUAUUUUUCCAAAAUAAAUAUUAUGAAUGACAA